UAAGUACAACUAUUAUAUAAUAAGAAUAAUAAAAACUACACAUAAAUGAUAGCCCUCUUUUUGAGAAAAAUGAUAAAAGAUUGGGUCAUACUCAUAUCAUAUACAAUACCACCAAAUCCAACAAUUAUUUUAACAACUCCAUUCCUUGUUCAUCACAAAAUCCCAAACAACUCUCUUAGAAACUUUCAAACUUUUCUCAUUCACUCACUUUAGCUUAUUUUUCUCCCUCUAUUUCUUUCUCUUUCUCUCUCAUCUAUCCCUCUUUCCUCUCUAUCUCACAAAACAUGGAAGUCUCCUUACCAAAAAACCAAAAACUUAAACUCAACCUAAAACUAUUCCUACAAAUAGUUUUCCCAUUAAUCCUACUAACCAUUAUUCCCCUACAAUUAGCCAAGAACAUUUAUUUUAAGAGUGCACCUAAACCAAUUACUACUCCUAAACUAUACAUUAACAAUGAAGAUGAUCAUACCCAAAUUCGCGCUCCUCCUAAGCAUGGAUCAUUGCCUCCUACAACAAGGAAAUGUGAUAUCUUUUCGGGCGAAUGGGUUCCAAAUCCGGAGGGUCCAUAUUACACAAACACAACAUGUUGGGCUAUUCAUGAACAUCAAAAUUGUAUCAAGUAUGGUAGACCGGAUAGUGAGUUCAUGAAAUGGAAGUGGAAACCGGAUGGUUGUGACUUACCAAUUUUUAACCCUAGACAAUUUUUUGAGAUUGUUAGAGGUAAAUCUUUGGCUUUUAUUGGUGAUUCUGUUGCAAGAAAUCAAAUGCAAUCCUUGAUAUGCCUCUUGUCUCGGGUGGAAUAUCCAUACGAUGUCUCCUACACUAAAGAUGAACACUUUAAACGUUGGCACUACAAUAACUACAAUUUCACGGUAGCCAUGUUUACGAGUACAUUCUUGGUGAAAGCCCAAGAGAAUGACCCAAAUGGUCCAAAUGGAAACGGUUUGUUUGGACUAUUCCUCGACGAGCCAGAUGAGACUUGGACAACUAAAAUCGACGAGUUUGAUUACAUUAUCCUAUCAGCGGGUCAUUGGUUCUUCCGACCCCUUAUGUACUACGAAAAAGGUACUCUCACGGGGUGUCGAUUUUGCCAACUUCCAAACGUGACAGACUAUACCAUGGCUUAUGGUUAUCGAAAGGCAUUCCACACCGCGUUUAAGGCCAUUUUGGAGAGGGAAAGCUUCAAGGGAGUAGUCUAUUUGAGGACCUUUGCCCCCUCACAUUUUGAAGGGGGGGAGUGGAACAAAGGUGGGAAUUGCUUGAGGCAAAAGCCCUACAAAAGUAGUGAAAUUAGUUUGCAAGGGGUUGAUUUGGACUUGUAUAUGGCCCAAUUAGGAGAAUUCAAAGUGGCCCAAAAGUUGGGCCGACAACGUGGGCUGGGGUUCAGGCUUAUGGAUAUGACACAACCCAUAUUGAUGAGGCCCGAUGGGCACCCAAGUAGGUAUGGGCAUUGGCCCAAUGAAAAUGUGACUUUAUAUAAUGAUUGUGUCCAUUGGUGCUUGCCUGGGCCCAUUGACACUUGGAAUGAUUUUCUACUUGAGAUGAUAAAAAGUGAAGGAGUUAGGGCUAAAGAAGAUAUGGUUCUUCAUUCAAAGGAGAGAAAGUUGAAGAGUUAAACAAUGAUUUAUGAUUUGAUUAAUUUUGGAAUUAUAUAUAUUUUUAUAUAGUUUAAUUUAUUAAUGGGGUUUAGUGUAUGCAUUUUUCAAAAUAUUUUUAUUUGUAUAGUACGAGGGUUCCCUAAUUAAGGGGUCAAAUAAUUGAGUUUUUUCAAUAUUUGAUACAUCAUAUUCAUUUUUCUUGGCUUUUCUACCUCUUGAUGUUUUUAGUUCCAAAGUCAAAGAAGACAACUAUUAUUACAAAGAGUACUUAAUAAGAGUAUUUUAGUA